GACUCUUGAAUCUUGGAUCUUGGCUCCGUAGGUCUACGGAGAUCCACGAUUUUCGUCCCGGGCAUCUUGGUUCUUGGUUCCUGGGCCCCGGGUGCCUUGAAGUUCAAUUUUUCAAUGCAGAUCUCCACGCAACCAGGUGUAUGGAACCGAGAUCCAACAUUCAAGAGUCCUGGGCAUCUUGGUUCUUGAUGCUUGGUUCCGUUGGCCUGGUUGCGUUUAAGUUCAAUUUUUCAAUGCCGGUUUCAAUGCAGACAGGCAGGUGGAAAUCUUCUGACUGUUAUUGA